UAUGCGUCGGGCCCUCGUGGGGGGCGCAUGAGGCAGAGCGUUGGUUACUAUCAUUACAUGACCCUUGGAGCCAAACAAAACUGCCAGGGUCGCCAUAAAUCUCUGGUGCAUCUCCCUCUAUUUGUCUAGGCAGUCUUAGGGAGUACCACGCAUACGCCGGUGCCACCCAAAAGGAAAAUACAGCACCAUGGAUGAUGACUGGGAUCAGGAGGUGGCAUCACUUCAGGUUCAGUCAAGCCAGCAACACCCACCACUCCAGGAAAACAGACAAGGGCAGAAUGAAGGCCAGGGCUUGGUAGGAAGAGGCAGAGGCCAGGUCUGGCAUGCUCAGAAUGUUGGCCAGACCUGGGGUGCUCAGAAUGGUGGCCAAGCCUGGGGUGGCCAGAAUGUUGGCCAAGCCUGGGGUGGCCAGAAUGGUGGCCAAACCUGGGGUGGCCAGAAUGGUGGCCAAACCUGGGGUGGCCAGAAUGGUGGCCAAAUCUGGGGUGGCCAGAAUGGUGGCCAAGCCUGGGGUGGCCAGAGUGGUGGCCAAACCUGGGGUGGCCAGAAUGGUGGCCAAACCUGGAGUGGCCAGAAUGGUGGCCAAGACUGGGGUGGCCAGAGUGGUGGCCAAACCUGGGGUGGCCAGAAUGGUGGCCAGGCCUGGGGUGACCAGAGCAAUAACCAGGCCUGGGGUGCCCCGGCCAGUGGCCAGCCCCGGGGCAGCUGGAGCAGUGGCAAGCCAGAUGGUCGGGGCUGGAGGGGGCGGGGCGUCGGCCGGAGUGGGGCGCCGAACUGGCGUGGUGCAGCUGGAGAUCCGGGCGGGGAGGCGGGCCGGCCGCCGGCCCCGGACGGCCUCUCCAUGGUGAUCGCCGCGGCGGACGUGAGCCGGGUGAUCGGCCGAGCCGGCGCCAACAUACGCGAGCUCGAGGCCAACUCCGGCGCCAGGAUACGUAUCGACCGGUGCGGCGGCGGGCCCGAGGCGCGCGUCGACUUCGUCGGCGACGCCAGCAGCCAGGAGCGCGCCAAGCUGCUGGUGGAGCAGUUCCUGCUGGACUGCACGGAGGAGCGGCCAGCGCGGGGCCGCCGCGACCGCAGUGCGUCACCGGUGCCGCGCCGGCCGGCGGCCGUGGGUCCCGAGCCGCGCUCCGACCGGCCCGCCUUCAGCCUGUCCAUGGCGCUGCAGAUGCAGGCGGAUGGCGACAAGGAGCGCUGGAGCAAGGUGCCGCCUCUGCAGAAGAACUUCUACAAGGAGGACCCGGCCGUGGCCGCUAUGCCGGACGACGAGGUGGCGCGGGUCCGCGCCGAGAUGAACGACGUGCACGUGAGCUGCGACGAGAAGGACGCGCCGCUGCCGAACCCGGUGACGACGUUCGAGCAGGCGUUCGCCGCCUACCCGGAGAUCCUGGACGAGCUGGUCAAGGUGGGCUUCGAGAAGCCGACACCGAUCCAGGCCCAGGGCUGGCCCGUGCUGCUCUCCGGUCAGGACAUGAUCGGCAUCGCGCAGACCGGCUCAGGGAAGACGCUGGCGUUCCUGCUGCCGGCGCUGAUCCACACAGAUCUGCAGCCGAUCCCGCGCGAGGAGCGCGGCGGCCCCAACGUGCUGGUGCUGGCGCCCACCCGCGAGCUGGCCCUUCAGACCGAGAAGGAGGUCAAACGGUACAACUACAGGGGGAUCCGGAGUGUUUGUGUGUACGGCGGCGGCGACCGACGCACGCAGGUCAAGGCCGUCUGCUCCGGGGUCGAGAUCAUCAUCGCCACGCCGGGCCGACUCAACGACCUGGUUCAGGCUGGGUUCAUUGACGUGACGUCAGUGACGUACCUGGUGCUGGACGAGGCGGACCGCAUGCUGGACAUGGGCUUCGAGCCGGAGAUCCGCAAGGUGCUGCUGGACAUCCGGCCCGACCGGCAGACCGUCAUGACCAGCGCCACCUGGCCAGUGGACGUGCGCCGCAUCGCCGACAAGUACAUGCAGACGCCCAUCCACGUGGUGGUCGGCACGCUGGACCUGCAGGCCUGCCGCACCGUCGAACAGAUCAUCGUCUUCUGCCGCGACGAGGAGGAGAAGAAGGAAAAGUUGGACGAGUACCUGUACAACAUGGGACCCGAUGAGAAGAUUAUCGUCUUCUUCGGCCGGAAGGCUAAGGCCAGCCAGCUCUCCAUAGACUAUGGUGUGAACGGCGUGGACCUGCAGAGUAUCCACGGUGACCGGCCGCAGGAGGAGCGCGAGAUCGCCAUCGAGGACAUGCAGUCGGGCUCGUGCCGCGUGCUGUUCGCCACCGACGUGGCGUCGCGUGGCAUCGACAUCGCCGACGUCACGCUGAUCGUCAACUUCGACUUCCCGCGCCACAUCGAGGACUACGUGCACCGGGUGGGCCGGACGGGCCGGGCCGGCAAGACCGGUCGGGCCGUGACGUUCAUGGUGCGCGAGGACUGGCGGCACGCGGCCGAACUCAUCGAGAUACUGCAGAAGAACCAGGCGGAGGUGCCCGACUGGCUGGUCGAGAUGUCCGAGCGGUUCAGCCGGAUGAAGGAGCGGCGCCGGGCCGAGGGCGGCGACGGCGAGCGGCGGGGACGCGGCGGCCGCGGCCGGCCCGGC